UGUUCCCCACCAAUCACUGACGACCUUCCCAGCAUCGUCACCUCCCUCUGUAGGCGCAGUAUAGCCCCGAAUAACAGAGAAGCGCUUAGAAUUUUUUGGACUUUUCGCUACUAACUCGCCUCGAUAGGUCUUUUUUAGGUGUCGGUGAGCUGCCACUCUGCGAUCUACCAUGUCUCCUUCGCGGGUCUGAGCAGACACUGGAAGCGGACAAAGGAAAUGCAUCUCCGGAGCGCUGAACCUGUUCCCUCUCGCCCAGCACAAAGCCUGUGAAGCAGGCCGUGUUUCUCCUCGCAGCCACAGGCAAAUUAUGCUCAAACAUGUCGGGGAAUCAUUUCAAAGGCCACGAAGUCAGUUGCUGCAUCAAAUACUUCAUUUUUGGCUUCAACAUCCUGUUCUGGCUGCUGGGCAUGGCCUUAGUAGGGAUUGGACUGUGGGCAUGGAGUGAGAAGGGGGUCCUGUCCAACAUCUCGUCCAUCACCGACCUGGGGGGCCUUGACCCUGUGUGGCUCUUCAUGGUGGUUGGAGGGGUUAUGUUCAUUCUGGGCUUUGCUGGUUGCAUUGGAGCUCUUCGGGAAAAUACAUUUUUGCUUAAGUUUUUCUCUGUGUUUCUGGGAAUCAUCUUUUUCCUGGAGUUGACAACAGGAGUUCUGGCCUUUGUUUUUAAGGACUGGAUUAAGGACCAACUCAACCUAUUCAUCAACAACAACAUCCGGGCAUAUAGGGACGAUAUCGACCUACAGAACCUCAUUGAUUUCACUCAGGAAUAUUGGGAGUGCUGUGGCGCAUUCGGAGCUGAUGACUGGAACCUCAACAUUUACUUUAAUUGCACUGAUGGAAAUCCCAGUCGGGAAAAAUGUGGGGUUCCCUUCUCCUGCUGCACCAAGGACCCUGCGGAGGAUGUGAUAAACACUCAGUGUGGCUAUGACAUCAGAGCAAAACCAGACUCGGAGCAGAAGGACUAUAUCAAUGUGAAAGGCUGCGUUCCUCAGUUUGAGAGGUGGCUCCAGGAUAACCUCACCUUGGUGGCUGGGAUCUUCAUUGGAGUGGCACUAUUGCAGAUUUUUGGGAUUUGUUUGGCCCAGAACUUAGUGAGUGACAUCGAGGCAGUAAGGGCAAGCUGCUUCUUUACCUAAUGCUUGCGGAACUCUUCUCUAACAGCUUGAAUAUGAAACGUACCCCCGGCCACCGGUACUGUCGGCGAGCGCCGCCGGACAACACCUCUGAUCAUCUCCUACACUCUACCAGCACUUUCUUUAAAGGCAUUAAAUAUGUGAAAAGUUUUGUAUACAACUACUGUGUGACUACUGAACAAGGACAAGAUGAAGACUUUUUAUAGAUGCACUUAGCAGGUUCUAUCACAUCCUACUGAAACAAACUCAGCAUUUUUCACUGGAGAAGUGUUGGCUGACAUAGGAGGCCAAGAUAAAGACUAAAUAAGCAACUGAGAAGACUGUUUAAGUACCACCAUGUGUACUGAAUAGAGGAAGAGGACAGCUAGCUAUCCUUACUGUAUCCAGAGUGUUUUUUUAUUGGUUAAGUCAAACUGGGUGGAUAUAUUUCAGGUUUGUCCUUGAACACAGAAAUAACAUUGUUUUGUUGCUCUAUUAAUGCCGCUGAUAAAAUACACUCACUGACCAAAACAAUUUAAUAAUCAAGUUAAAUCCCCCUAGGAUAUGAAUAAAAACUGACCUGAACUCAACUGAAAUUCCAGAAGGAAUGUAAUCUUGUCCACAUAAAGACCAGUGACAGAUGUGUAAAUGGCUUGAUUUGCAGGACACUUGCAUGGUUAGAGCAAGGUAGAGUGAGCAGAAGUAUUACAAGUAAUUGCUGGAAAAUCCCACAGUUAAAACAGCAAGUGAAUGUUAAUGUUUAAAACAUGGAAACAGACAGCAGCCUCACAGACUGCAUUAUCUAGUCUGCAAAGGAUCACAGAGAAAUUCCUCACCAUGGUGAACACAGUAAUGUAUUUUCCACCACUUUAUCAUCUCUAUUCAGGGCCUUUUCUGUUAUGCAGAUAUCUCUCAUCAAGCCUUUAAAUCUGCAUUGUCCCAGAGGUCUGAUGGUGUCAGCCACAGAUGCCCUGAGGCUGAUACCAUGAUACCAUUGGCCCUCUCACCACCACCAGCAGGCAAGGUGUUGCCCAAGAACACAAUGAAUAAGACAGAUGGAGCAGGGGUUCAAACUGGCUAUCCACCAGUUACUGGAUGAAUCCCACGAACUCUACAACUGUUUUGUAGUUUUACUCAGAUCUUCACCAUAGCAUCAGACUAUAGGUUCCAUAGCUGGCCCAGCACUAACCCUUCUGCGGUCUUAAGAGACAGGGUCACUUAGACCCCACAGGCUUUCAGCCUGUCCACGGUCCAGCAGGGUUGAACCAACUCCAUAUGCAUUUUUACAAGUUUUUGUUUUUUUUGUCAGGUUUUGGAAACUGACGGGCUGAUGAGACAGCCCCUCACUUUCCUGCUGUCCAAUGUGACAUCUGCUGCGCUCCUCCUAAACAUCAUGCUAAGACCGCAGAAGGGCUAAAGUGAGGAUGUUAGAUGUCAGCAUCACAAUACUCCUGUACUUAGAGAUGUUGCCAUGGAAAUUGUCACAAACCACAAUACAAUAGUGGCUGAUUUUCAGUUGCAAAUGAUCCAACCUGUUAUACAGAGGAGGGAAAUUAGCAGGAGAAUGCAGUGGCAUUGUUGCUGUUACCCAUCCUCCAUCACCAAGCAACUACAGGUUGUGCUUCCUCUACUUGGUUUAUCAAAAGCCAUGUUGUCUUUGUUGAUUGUAAAGCUCCUGACAUGGAAAGAUUCACUCCAUUUAAACACAGAGGCACUCCUGUACAUACCUGGUAUCUGCAAUAGGUGAUACACAAAUCACUGGUCUGCAUGUGCACUAAAUGACAUUCCCAAACAGACCAAGGACCUCAUGUACAAAGGCUACAAAUGCAAUAAAACUUUCACACACCAUUUUCUACAAGAAAGUUCAGUUUUAUCAAUUAGAAAUGUGUAGCUAUUGAUGUUUUUGAGACACCUAGAAAUUAUGCUGCAAAAAUAUGAGACGCAAGCCAUCCAUUUUGUCUCAAUACACCCUCUUGUCUGUGUAAACCCAGAUGGUGCUGGUGCCCGUCUCCACCAGUCAUUGGGUGAAAGACAGGACAGGUUGUCAAUCCAUCAGGAGCCAACACAGAAACACACAAUCACACACACUUUCGUUUGUAAGGAUAAUUUAGACAAAACACUUAAUGCUCCACCUAAUGUUCAUGGAACUUUGGACAGUCUUGGAAGCCACAGUACCCUAAGACAAGCCAUGUAAGCACAGGGAAAAGUUGCAAACUCUUAACUUUUGAUCUAGGACCUUCUUGCUGCAUGUGGCCGUUCUAGCACAUAUCCUACACACGAAGAAUGUAUCCAUGAUACCAGUCUGAGGCACAAUUGCAUUCCAUCAACAUUGUGCUAUAGUGGUUUGAAGUGAUUCAUUCAUUCUGAUGAACAGCUUGAUUUGGAGUCUUGGUUGGUAAAUUUACUUGCCUGUCCCUCCAGAUCUCAACAUGGGAGGGCUCAGGCUUGAUGCAAACUAAAUGAUAUGUCAUCUUGUCUUUACAGCAUCUUUUAUUAUAAAGAGUAAAACUGAGCGACGACUCGUUUUUCUUGGCUAGGCUAGAGUUGCGUGUUUACAGAUGGAAUGUGAAUAAUCACGUAUAUAAAUGGGUUGAAAUACCACAACCUGAGUUCUCCCUCCUGUGAAGACAUAAUUUUAAGUUGUGCAUAUUUUCAGGCUUGAUUUAUACUGUACCUAUUAAUGUAAAUGGGGGCUUAUCCUGUUAGGGGUCUGGUACUCCCCUUCAUGUUCUUAAUUCCACUUUGAUUGGGAUGUAGAAAGGAAACAUGUCUCUGGUUUCAUUCGUCUAAAUUUACUUAAAUUUACACCAUGUUUCAGUUGGAAAUCCAAGCAAGCCUUUGUACAUGAGGCCCAGCUCCUCUGAGGAUUAAAGAGCUGUUAUCAAUAAUGCAUACUGUUAGGUGUUACUACAUCAGAACCUCAGCACCAUGACUCAAACUACAGAGCCCUCUGGGCUUAGUAGUAGUUUUCCUUUUUAACUAAAUUGAUCAACAGAUAUCACUAGGUAUGAGCCAUUUUAAUGCAGUUUUUCCUUCUUUUCCUUCCCACAAGGCAACACUGAAACACACAACCACGCAUAUGUUCUACAUGCUAUAGAUUUAGAAUUGACUACGUGAACAAUUCUAAAUCUACAGUAUGAAAUAAUCGAUACACCUGGGUCACCAUAUGUUCUCUGCUGCUGUAGGACAAUUUUCUUUUCUUUUUUUUUACAGAAUAGACAUGCCUCUAGUAUGAUCAACAACCCAAACAGAUCUAUCCACAAGGAACCCAGGAACCCAUCUAGUUAAUUUUAAAUCAACAGAAAAUGAAAAAAAAAUUCAAUAACAGUGGGCUUUAUUAGAAAAACCUCCUGCAACUGUUUAAAGAAGUUAAAAUGAAAAAAAGUCAUCACUCAGAAUGUAUAUAGGUGUACAGCCCAUCCUAAUGAGAGCUAAUGUUUUUACUGAACAGCUUCAGUGAAGCUGAGAACUUUAGUGAUCAGACGAGUUGUUUUUAUAUCAGUGAAAUGAGGAUUUUCUGACUGUGUUCAGCGUUUGUGCACUUAAAUUAAAAAAAGUGGUACUUUUAUCCCAUGAUGCUCUCUCACUUUGUGUAAUCUAACACAGAUCUCAUGUACACAAGACUGAAUGGAAUCUACUGAAAGAUGUUUAUGUGGAGGUUUUCUAUGUGUUUAAGAUGGAUUUCUGCUCUAAACAUGGAUGUGUAGCAAACUAUACUAUUUUUUCAAACAUUGGUCUUUGUUGUAAAACGUAUUCAGAAAAAGUACUAUGCUACUGAUAGAGGGAUGAUGUUUUUGAUACUAAAUAUUUAUUGUACAUUUAAUGUGGUUUUCUAACAGUUUUAAACAUUUAGUAUCAGUGAAGGGAAUUCGUCACUCUUGUGAAAAAGUGCUCAAUAUCAAUCACCUGCACUGUACAUCCCACCUCUGUUUGUCAUGUUAUUACCUCCUCAUGUGCUGUUAACAUUGGAAUCAUUAUAUCCUCUAGUAAAAUGAGCUGACUGAGAAAUAUGUUGAUUAAUGUGUUUGUUCACAUUUGAAAUGGAGGCUAACAAAUGUGUUAAAGCAUUUCAUUUCC